UGCAGGUCUCAUGGUACCAAGUGACGUGUCCCUCCUGUGAGAUUCGGCCCCACGAGCCUCCCGAGAAGAUGUCAGGGAUGCAGGCCGUCUGGCCGUCCGGUACAGAGUGUAUCGCCAAGUACAACUUCCACGGUACCGCUGAGCAGGACCUGCCCUUCAGCAAGGGAGACGUCCUCACCAUCGUCGCUGUCACCAAGGAUCCCAACUGGUACAAGGCGAAGAACAAGGUGGGCCAGGAAGGCAUCAUCCCUGCUAACUACGUGCAGAAGCGGGAAGGAGUGAAAGCUGGGAUCAAGCUCAGCCUCAUGCCGUGGUUCCACGGGAAGAUCACACGGGAGCAGGCGGAGCGACUGCUGUAUCCGCCRGAGACGGGGCUCUUCCUGGUGCGGGAGAGCACCAACUACCCGGGCGACUACACCCUGUGCGUGAGCUGCGAGGGCAAGGUGGAGCACUACCGCAUCAUCUACUCCUCCAGCAAGCUGAGCAUCGACGAGGAGGUCUACUUCGAGAACCUCAUGCAGCUCGUGGAGCAUUACACCACGGAUGCCGACGGGCUCUGCACGCGCCUCAUCAAGCCCAAGGUGAUGGAGGGCACGGUGGCAGCGCAGGACGAAUUCUCCCGGAGCGGCUGGGCCCUCAACAUGAAGGACCUCAAGUUGCUGCAGAUCAUUGGCAAGGGGGAGUUCGGAGACGUGAUGCUGGGUGACUACCGGGGCAACAAAGUCGCUGUGAAAUGCAUUAAAAACGAUGCCACCGCWCAGGCCUUCCUGGCGGAGGCGUCCGUCAUGACGCAGCUCCGGCACAGCAACCUGGUGCAGCUCCUGGGGGUGAUCGUGGAGGAGAAGAGCGGCCUCUACAUUGUCACCGAGUACAUGGCCAAGGGCAGCCUCGUGGACUACCUGCGGUCGCGCGGGAGGUCGGUGCUCGGCGCAGACUGCCUGCUCAAGUUCUCCCUAGAUGUCUGCGAGGCCAUGGAGUACCUGGAAGCCAACAAUUUUGUGCACCGGGACCUGGCGGCCAGGAACGUGCUCGUCUCAGAGGACAACAUCGCCAAGGUCAGCGACUUCGGCCUCACCAAGGAGGCCUCGUCCACGCAGGACACGGGCAAGCUGCCCGUCAAGUGGACGGCGCCAGAAGCACUUAGGGAAAAGAAAUUCUCCACCAAGUCGGACGUGUGGAGCUUCGGGAUCCUCCUGUGGGAAAUCUACUCCUUUGGGCGAGUGCCUUAUCCGCGAAUCCCCCUGAAGGACGUGGUGCCCCGCGUGGAGAAGGGCUACAAGAUGGAUGCGCCCGACGGCUGCCCGGCCGCCGUGUACGAGGUGAUGCGGCGCUGCUGGACGCUGGAUGCGGCGCACCGGCCGCCCUUCCGCCAGCUCCGUGAGCAGCUAGCGCAUAUCAAAGACAAGGAGCUCUACCUGUGAGCGGGAGGCGGAGCUUCGCCRGGGGGCGGGACAUCGUGGGGUGGGGCCUGGACACACCCUGCCCGUGCAAGCCCCGCCUCCCCACUCCCCUCCACCCAGGUGCAGCA